CCAGUCACGUGGUCACGUGACGCGCUCCAACAUGGCGGCGCCGUGGGGCCAGGGCGUCUCUUCCUGACAGGGCGGCGCGCUCGGACACGGCCGGUGUCGGCCGGGACGCCGGGCCCUCAGCCUCGCACUCCUGCUCGCUCGCGCCGCCGGCUCGCGGGGCUGCUGGCCCCCGCCGGCCGGGGCCAUGCAGGAAAGCCAGACCAAGAGCAUGUUCGUGUCCCGGGCCCUGGAGAAGAUCCUAGCUGACAAGGAGGUGAAGCGGCCCCAGCACUCCCAGCUGCGUAGGGCCUGCCAGGUGGCGCUCGAUGAAAUUAAAGCAGAAAUAGAAAAACAGAGGCUUGGCACUGCGGCUCCACCAAAGGCAAACUUCAUUGAAGCUGACAAGUAUUUCCUUCCAUUCGAGCUGGCCUGCCAAUCCAAGUCCCCUCGGGUGGUCAGCACAUCCCUGGACUGCUUGCAGAAACUCAUCGCAUAUGGACACAUCACUGGCAAUGCCCCUGACAGUGGAGCUCCUGGGAAGCGCCUGAUCGACCGGAUUGUUGAAACCAUUUGCAAUUGUUUUCAGGGUCCUCAGACGGAUGAAGGGGUUCAGCUACAAAUAAUUAAGGCUCUUCUGACCGCAGUGACUUCCCCACACAUUGAAAUCCACGAGGGCACUAUCCUGCAGACGGUGAGGACAUGCUACAAUAUCUAUCUGGCCAGCAAAAACCUCAUCAAUCAAACCACCGCCAAAGCCACACUCACCCAAAUGCUGAACGUCAUCUUCACCCGCAUGGAAAACCAAGUGUUGCAGGAGGCCAGAGAAUUGGAAAAACCAAUCCAGUCAAAACCUCAGUCCCCCGUGAUCCAGGCCACAGCAGGAUCUCCCAAGUUCAGCCGAUUGAAGCAGAGCAAACCAACGACUCCUGAAAAAAUAGAAUUGCCCAACGGUGACCAUGCCAGGAGUAGCCUAGGAAAAGUGAGCUCAGAAAAUGGAGAAGCUCACCGAGAAAGAGGCUCAUCAUUCUCUGGAAGAACUGAGCCUUCAAGCGGCACUGAUGACGGAGCUCAGGAGGUGGUGAAGGACAUCUUAGAGGACGUGGUCGCAUCUGCUGUGAAAGAAGCCGCAGAAAAGCAUGGUCUGACGGAGCCCGACCAAGUCCUGGGUCCCCUAGAGUGCCAAGAAUGUGCCGUUCCCCCAGGAGUUGAUGAAAACUCACAGACCAAUGGCAUAGCAGACGACAGGCAGUCGAUGUCCUCAGCAGAUAAUCUGGAACCAGAUGUUCAAGGACAUCAAGUGGCUGCUAGGUUCUCCCACAUUCUACAGAAGGAUGCCUUCCUGGUGUUUCGCUCUCUGUGCAAGCUGUCAAUGAAACCCCUUGGGGAAGGACCCCCAGAUCCAAAGUCCCACGAGCUUCGUUCCAAGGUGGUUUCCUUGCAACUGCUGCUCUCAGUGCUGCAGAAUGCUGGACCUGUCUUCAGGAGCCAUGAGAUGUUUGUCACUGCCAUUAAGCAGUACCUGUGUGUGGCCCUGUCCAAGAAUGGCGUGUCCUCGGUGCCUGAUGUCUUUGAGCUCUCGCUUGCUAUUUUUCUUACUCUUCUUUCAAACUUCAAGAUGCACUUGAAGAUGCAAAUAGAGGUCUUUUUCAAAGAGAUUUUCCUGAACAUUUUAGAAACAUCUACAAGUUCUUUCGAGCAUCGCUGGAUGGUCAUUCAGACCCUGACGAGGAUUUGUGCAGAUGCCCAGUGUGUUGUGGAUAUUUAUGUCAACUAUGACUGUGACCUAAAUGCUGCUAAUAUUUUCGAGCGUCUAGUAAAUGACUUGUCCAAAAUCGCUCAGGGAAGAAGUGGACAUGAACUGGGGAUGACACCUCUACAGGAGCUCAGUCUGAGGAAGAAAGGCUUGGAGUGUCUUGUGUCCAUUCUCAAGUGCAUGGUGGAAUGGAGCAAGGACCUGUAUGUGAAUCCUAACCACCAGGCCAGCUUGGGUCAGGAGAGGCUCCCAGAUCAGGAAAUGGGGGACGGAAAAGGCCUUGAUAUGUCAAGACGGUGCAGCGUGACAUCAGUGGAGUCCACAGUGUCCUCAGGGACCCAGACAGCCAUUCAGGAUGACCCAGAGCAGUUUGAGGUCAUCAAGCAACAGAAGGAAAUCAUUGAGCACGGCAUUGAGCUCUUCAACAAGAAGCCCAAGCGGGGUAUCCAGUUUCUCCAAGAGCAAGGCAUGCUGGGAGCAACCAUAGAGGACAUUGCCCAGUUUUUGCACCAGGAGGAGCGGCUGGAUUCUACCCAAGUUGGCGAAUUUCUGGGAGAUAGCACGAGGUUCAACAAGGAGGUAAUGUAUGCCUAUGUGGACCAACUGGACUUCUGUGAAAAAGAGUUCGUCUCAGCCCUAAGGACAUUCCUGGAAGGCUUCCGCUUGCCUGGGGAAGCCCAGAAGAUUGACCGGUUAAUGGAGAAGUUUGCUGCACGAUACAUAGAAUGUAACCAAGGGCAAACCCUGUUUGCUAGUGCUGACACUGCGUAUGUCCUAGCGUAUUCCAUCAUUAUGCUAACUACAGAUUUGCACAGCCCUCAGGUAAAGAACAAAAUGACAAAAGAGCAAUAUAUUAAAAUGAAUCGGGGUAUCAAUGAUAGUAAAGACUUACCAGAGGAAUAUCUGUCCAGCAUCUACGAAGAGAUAGAAGGCAAGAAAAUUGCAAUGAAGGAGACAAAAGAGCACACAAUUGCAACAAAAUCCACCAAGCAGAAUGUAGCUAGUGAGAAGCAAAGGCGGCUGCUGUACAAUGUGGAGAUGGAACAGAUGGCUAAAACAGCCAAAGCUCUGAUGGAGGCUGUGAGCCAUGCUAAAGCUCCAUUUACCAGUGCCACACACUUGGACCAUGUCCGGCCAAUGUUCAAAUUGGUGUGGACACCACUACUGGCAGCCUAUAGCAUUGGCCUGCAGAACUGUGAUGACACAGAGGUGGCCUCCCUGUGUUUGGAAGGCAUCAGGUGUGCAGUCCGCAUCGCCUGCAUCUUUGGAAUGCAGCUGGAACGAGAUGCCUAUGUUCAGGCUCUUGCUCGCUUCUCUCUGCUGACAGCCAGCUCCAGCAUCACAGAAAUGAAGCAGAAAAACAUCGACACCAUAAAGACGCUCAUCACUGUGGCUCACACCGAUGGCAACUACCUUGGCAACUCUUGGCAUGAGAUCUUGAAAUGCAUCAGCCAGCUGGAGCUUGCUCAGCUGAUAGGAACUGGGGUGAAGACUCGAUACCUGUCUGGCUCCGGGCGGGAAAGAGAAGGGAGCCUGAAGGGCCACACCUUGGCAGGAGAAGAAUUCAUGGGUCUUGGCCUCGGUAAUUUGGUGAGUGGUGGUGUGGAUAAAAGACAGAUGGCCAGCUUCCAGGAGUCUGUUGGUGAGACCAGCUCACAGAGCGUGGUUGUCGCCGUCGACAGAAUUUUUACUGGCUCUACCAGACUGGAUGGAAAUGCAAUAGUUGACUUUGUCCGCUGGCUAUGUGCUGUGUCUAUGGAUGAGCUGGCUUCUCCCCACCAUCCUCGCAUGUUCAGCCUGCAGAAGAUUGUGGAGAUAUCAUACUACAACAUGAACCGGAUCCGGCUGCAGUGGUCUCGGAUAUGGCAUGUCAUUGGAGAUCAUUUCAAUAAGGUUGGCUGUAACCCCAAUGAGGAUGUGGCCAUCUUUGCUGUUGACUCACUGAGGCAACUCUCUAUGAAGUUUCUGGAGAAGGGAGAAUUAGCCAAUUUCCGAUUUCAGAAGGACUUUUUGAGGCCAUUUGAGCAUAUUAUGAAGAAAAACAGGUCCCCGACCAUCCGGGACAUGGUGAUUCGAUGCAUCGCCCAGAUGGUGAGCUCCCAGGCAGCCAACAUCCGCUCAGGCUGGAAGAACAUCUUUGCUGUGUUCCACCAGGCCGCCUCCGACCAUGAUGGAAACAUCGUGGAGCUGGCCUUCCAAACCACUGGCCACAUUGUCUCUACCAUCUUCCAGCACCACUUCCCUGCAGCCAUUGACUCCUUCCAGGAUGCUGUGAAGUGCUUGUCCGAGUUCGCCUGCAAUGCCGCUUUCCCUGACACCAGCAUGGAGGCCAUCCGGCUCAUCCGUUUCUGUGGGAAAUAUGUCUCAGAGAGACCUCGGGUACUACAAGAAUACACGAGUGAUGACAUGAAUGUGGCUCCUGGUGACAGGGUCUGGGUCAGAGGCUGGUUUCCCAUCCUGUUUGAGCUCUCCUGCAUCAUUAACAGAUGCAAAUUAGAUGUGCGCACAAGAGGACUCACGGUCAUGUUCGAGAUCAUGAAGAGCUAUGGCCACACCUUUGCAAAGCACUGGUGGCAGGACCUGUUCAGAAUUGUGUUUAGAAUUUUUGACAACAUGAAACUCCCUGAGCAACAGUCAGAGAAAUCGGAGUGGAUGACGACUACCUGCAAUCACGCACUGUAUGCUAUUUGUGAUGUAUUUACCCAGUUCUACGAGGCUUUGAAUGAAGUGCUUCUCUCCGAUGUGUUUGCACAGCUGCAGUGGUGCGUGAAACAAGAUAAUGAGCAGUUGGCUCGAUCAGGUACAAAUUGCUUAGAGAACCUAGUGAUAUCCAAUGGAGAGAAGUUCAGCCCUGCUGUCUGGGACGAAACCUGCAAUUGCAUGUUGGAUAUUUUCAAAACCACCAUCCCACAUGUUUUGCUGACUUGGAGACCUGCAGGAAUGGAGGAAGAGACAGCAGAUAAACAUUUGGAUGUGGACAUGGACCGACAGUCUUUAAGCAGCAUAGACAGAAAUGCCUCCGAGAGAGGACUGAGCCAGAUCUCCAACCCAACAGAUGACAGCUGGAAGGGUGCACCAUAUGCAAAUCAGAAACUGCUGGCCAGCCUCCUCAUCAAGUGUGUGGUUCAACUGGAGCUGAUACAGACCAUUGACAACAUCGUCUUCUACCCUGCAACCAGCAAGAAGGAAGAUGCAGAGCAUAUGGUUGCUGCCCAGCAAGACACACUAGAUGCAGAUAUCCACAUCGAUACGGAGAAUCAGGGCAUGUACAAGUUCAUGUCUUCCCAGCACCUCUUCAAGCUGUUGGACUGCCUGCAGGAGUCCCAUUCCUUCUCCAAGGCCUUCAACUCCAACUAUGAGCAGCGAACUGUCCUCUGGCGAGCUGGCUUCAAGGGCAAGUCCAAACCCAAUCUUCUCAAACAAGAAACCAGCAGCCUGGCCUGUUGCUUAAGGAUCCUGUUCAGAAUGUAUGUUGAUGAAAACCGCAGGGAUUCCUGGGGUGAAAUACAGCAGCGACUUUUAACUGUGUGCAGCGAAGCACUUGCCUAUUUCAUUACCGUGAAUUCCGAAAGCCAUCGGGAAGCAUGGACGAGUCUCCUGCUGUUACUUCUAACCAAAACCCUUAAAAUAAAUGACGAAAAGUUCAAAGCACAUGCUUCAAUGUACUACCCCUACUUGUGUGAAAUUAUGCAGUUUGACCUGAUCCCUGAGCUCCGAGCAGUUCUGCGAAAAUUCUUCCUGCGGAUAGGCCUGGUAUAUAAGAUAUGGAUUCCAGAAGAGCCAUCGCAAAUUCCAGCAGCACUGUCAUUGACAUGGUAGCACUGGCUCCCAUGGCCACUGUUGUGGUUCUGUAGAUUAUCCGUCAUGCCAUCCCAACUGACGAACGAGGAGCCACCCAUCGAUCAUGUUGGGGCUCAAGUCUGGAUAGCAGUGGCCUGUACACUGGCCUCAUCACAGUCCCAGUGGAGGCCUGUGCUGCCUCAUUAAACCAUUGCAUACCAGUAACUCAUUGGGUGGGGAGCCCGUUCCAUCUCUCAUUCCAUUUUACUGACUGAACUGUCAGGUCUGUUGUUGUGAAUGCCACCGUUUCCUCGAAGAGCUCCAAGACUGGUGAUAAGUUGUUGGAAGUCACCCUCCUUGGGAAUAAUGAACGUUGCUGUAUAGGUUUGUGUUUGUUAGAGAGUAUGUUAAUAAAAUUCCUUGUAACGGCUAACUGCCACCGAAGUACGCCGGGUGCUUUGUUGUUUGAAUGUGGUAGAGAAGUUUGAAUGUUUGUGUCAGUUUUGGGUCAGCCUAGUUAGAUUAAAAAUUGUAGGAAAAGAGGGGUGUUUCUUAUGUUUUGUUUUGUUAUUGUUUGAGUGAUUUUCUAAAGUAAUUUACAAAGAUAUAUUACUGAAGAUUUGAUUUAAGGCAGUUUAGUAGACUUAAGAGCUUGCAAGGUUUAAAGAAAAUGUAGUGCCUCAUGCCUUAUGGCUCCCUGGUUUAGUAACUUGGGGAGACAAAGUCUGUAGGAAAAAAUAUUCUAAUGGUGAAGGUAUUAGCCCUCCUUGAAGUAUUUGUGGGUGGGCGUUCCAUUAAAUUUUCCAAAAUGCAUUGUGCGUCUUUGUCUGAAAUCUAGAAUAUGAAAUAGUAAUGAAAAUGAAUAAUUGACCCAGAGUCGGUUUAUCUUUGAGUAAACCUUUUUAGUUUUUACCUCAGCAGAGUGUUAGUAUGGCUGCUUUGCAUUCCCUGUUAAAGGGAUUGUCAGAGGAAGGGACAGUAACUUAGCGUACCCUCCUCAGCCACAUAUCAUGAGUGGAACUAGAGCUUCUGUGGGGCCAGCACAGCUGGACUGUGACAGUGGCAGGGGUGGCACCAAGAGCUUCCGUUAACUUGAGCCGGGAGGUGGAUUCUUUGGCAAGAUUAGAUUCUGGGAUCCAUAUGUUGGUAAAAGUGCUGUGCCCAGAACCACAGUAGAGCGAAUUCUGAGUGCUCCCAGCACCCACAGCAGCCAGGCUUGAGGCUUAAUCAAUUCGGAGCCCAUGAGAAAGAAAACUCAGGGCUUCCUUGUCUGCCCUCACCGCUCACCUGGAGCAGCACUGAGUGGCUAACGUGUUAUGAAACACAUUGGAAACAUUCAGACUUCUGCCUACAUCUGUCCUACGAAUUGGGGUUGUACUGAUGUCGACUCUGGUGCCUUAGAAGUCAGUCAUCCUUUGGAAUGUGUCUGUGGAACUGGACCUUUUUUUCUUUCUAGGGAUUCCUGGUGCUUUUGCUGUUUUCUCUCUUGUUUUUGAUAGCCUGCCACAUGCUCAGUGUAGCCAGAAGCACUUGUAUUUAUGCUUUUCUUUCCCAAAAAGUAUUUUAAUUUCUCUACCAAAGGGGAAAAAAAAAAAAGCAGGUUGAGGUUCUUGCUAACACACAGCAGUGGAGAGGGCUGUGUUCCUUAGAGGAAGGGCUGUGUUAGAGUGGGACCCAUCCGUUCCAUCUUUUCGCUGCCUACCCACCUGUGCUGAGAGGUCCUCCCCGGGUUGCUGCUCAGCAGGCUCUCAGCCAUUAGCAGUCCUUGCAGUAUGAUACCAGACAUGUAAUCAAAGGACAUGAAUGCUGUUCAGUGGGCACAUCCGGCCUAAGCUGUGUCCCUGACUGGUGGCUUUCCCUCCUGUGUCAUGUAACAUUCUAACUCAUCUACAAUAGCUUAGCUCCCUCAGUGUCCCCUGCUGCCUCUAAUGUUUUGCCCCUGACAGGGUAAGGAUUGUGUCAGUGUGUUUUCUUACUUGCUGAGAUACUCGGGCUUGAAUUUCUUUAUUGUUUUGUUGUGUAAAUGAUUGACUUUUCUGAAUGAUGCAUUUGAAUUGUACAGCAAUAGUACUUUGAAAAACGACGUCAAACCAUUCAGGGUAAUUUUUCUUGUCAGUGGCCAGUGGCAUCCCUGACCUCCAGAAACAAGCCAUUUGGUAUAAAUUCUUUGUGGUGAACAAGUCUCUUCUUGUCAUUGGCAUGUGUGGCUUGAGGCCACCAGACACCAGUGCAGAGCAGGUCCAGCUGUGUAUCCUCGUGUACGCUGCCCACGAGGAGGCAGGGUGUAGCAUCUUCCAAGGCCUUAUUUCUUUAUCAGAAUGCUUUUAAGUGUUGGCUGUAUGUGCUGGGUUCUCUAAAGAAGUUUCUGUUCCCAAGCUGCUGUUCUGAGCAGUUUUGUUUUUGUCUUUUAAGGAUAUCACCAGCUUUGGCAUCUGAGCAACAAACAGUGAAUGGGAUAUGUGAUUUCUGAUGUGUACCUUCAGAAUCAAACACAUCUUCCCUCGUGUACAACCAAAGAACAGACAUUAUGAAAUUGUAUAGUAAUAUCUGGAAACACAACCCUUUCGUCCAACAGGUGACUUUUGUACAAAAUUCAGAAAAUCUAUAAAGACAACCCCCUCAAAAAAAAAAAAAAACCUAAACAUUUUUUCUUGUUCUUUUGUGAUUAUGACUGUAUAUUUAGUUGUCUUUCUAGCUAUUAAAAGAACGUGCUGACACAUGUAGGCGUGGCCGCCCCACUCAGGUAUCUGUUGUUACAGUGCUAAUGGAUACUGGUUGCAGUAGGCACUGGAUCCUUCUGAACUCUGCUUCACUGUUUGUGGUAAGAUAGACACAACUGGAGCUUGUGUGCAACCUGGAGUUGUGCUGCCAUCAACUUUGUUUUUUUGGGGGGGAGAAAAAAAAACAAAAAACCCAAGCUGAGCAUCAUAAAAAAUGAGUCCAUCUGGAAAGCCUUGCUCUCAGAAAAUGACACUCAUCAAAUGUGUGGUUUUUCUCAGUAUUCCUAAUUUUUAAAAAAUUUAUCUUGCAUAUUUGCAUCAGACAUUUCUUUAUAUGCAAAAUUUAUGUUUUUGCUCUUUAAAAUGCCUAAAGGUUAUUUAGUAGCUACUUUGAUUUCAUCUAUACACAAUGAUUAAGUGCAUUUACUAUUGGUAAUUUAAUGAAAAGCAUUCCUUGCCCAAUGGAUGUAAACAUUUUUGAAAGAAUAAAGCAGAAUUAUAUAAUAUGAAAUGCUAUGUAAAGUUUUCUAUGUACAAAUAUUAUGUAUAAUACUGUUAAAUACCCCAAUGCUUUGAUCAAGUGGAAAAUGAAUAAAGUUUUAAAAAGUAAA